AUGGACAGUCAACAACAAUCUUCCAACAUUUUCAACGCGUUCACCUCAAAAUCCCAUCAAGUUUCCCCAUGCGAUGCGACGAUUCCCGAAGGAGCAUGGCAAGAAGAGGAAUCACUUGAAGUGUAUAAAAAGAAAAGGACACAACGACCUCCUGCUGAUGGUCGUGCAGAGAUCAUUCGAUUUGUGAAACGUCGACCGAAGUCAUCCGAACAAAUCUAUGAGACUGUUCAACCACGUCGCGAUGGUCGACGUGAACUGAUCCUACUGGAGCCGGUUCAGUUCAGCGAUGAACCGCCUGACACUCUCUACGAUGAUUAUUCAUUGUAUAGGAUGGAAGAAUAUGUGGAUGCCGGGACUGAAAUUUGCGAACGCGACAAGGAGCCAGUGUACUACACGAUCCAGAAAGUAGAAAAGGCACCUCCCGCUAUGCCCGAAAAAGAAAAACGAGUUAAGGAAGAGUGCAUAGCUCCGGCAAAAGAGAUGGAUACGAUCACAUUUGUGGAAGAAGAGCGUAAAAGUGUGGAGAGACUGAGUAGCCGAGAAGAUCUUACAACGAUACCGGCUCUGGAACGUGGUCCAUAUGUUUCUACUGUUCCCGUUGGUGAUGUUUCUGUUGAACCUUCAUUGGAGCGUGGCUCAGAUGCGGGCAGAUCGGAAAAAGCCUAUUCUCGAUCCGGCGAAAUAUCCAGAGAAACCCCGCUGCUGGAUCGUACAGUAUACUAUGAAAGGGAGAUAGUACAAGGUGAAAAACCCGCAGAAAAAGAGGAAAUUCGUGAUAGUAGAGCUGCGUCCCGCCAGACUACGAUUAUUGAUGAUGAGAUCUUCCAUGCGAACAAACGAGUGGACAGUGUACUACGUGGAGCACAUGAAACCAUCCGAGAAAGUCCUAUGCAAACUUUGCCCACGGUCCCCGAGGAGGAUUAUCACGAAGAGGACCGUGAUAGUUUUCAGCGAGAGCGAACAUCUCAACAAGUGGUGAAGAGUAAGACCGAGUACAAGGAGACACGUCGAGAAAUGACGCAGAAGAAAGAGACUUCCAUUCCAAUCAUACAGGCUCCAUCUAGAGCAUCGGAUGCUCGACAUUCGUGCGAACGGAGCCACAUGUACGAGCGGAUCGUACAGGCUCCAUCACCUCGUCCAGCUUCAACGUUGCGAAGCACCAGCGCUCCUAGUCGUCCAUCUCAUACACCAUACUGUCCACAUUGCAGGAUCGUUCCACGAGAGCAUGAAAGAUGCUACGAACAUGAUCGAAGCUUUGUUCGAGAUAUACCUGUCCAGAAAGAACGGUACUCCUCGACUAGUCAGAGGUCACGAAUGGAUGAAGGAAGAGUGUGCACGGAAUCUCGGACAACUCCAGUCCACGAAACGAUUACCACGGAGAGAUUUGAGAGGAUCGAAAAAGUCAGACGCAAGUUCCCUGCGACUACGGUAUAA